AUGACUGUCAUUAUUUUAACUGGUGCUUCUAGAGGACUGGGAUUGGCUAUUGCUCACAAGGUUCUCAAGGACCCGGCUACUAAACUGGUUGCCGUAGCUCGUUCAAAGGAUAAACUGGACUCAUUGGUGAACGAAUACAGUUCACGAGAUAUUCUUCCGAUUGCUGCGGAUCUUGCUGAACCAAACUCUGCUGAUAUAAUUGUCAAGAAGACAAUUGAAACUUACGGAAGCAUUGACUGUUUGAUCCUGAAUGCUGGAAAGUUGGACCCAGUGGGGCCAAUUGCCAAAGCAGAUGUACCAGGUUAUAAGAAUCUAUUCGAUGUCAACUUUUUCUCAAUAGUUGACCUUGUAUCCAAAUCGGUUGAAUUUUUGAGGAAAACCAAAGGUAAUGUCAUAUUCGUUUCUUCUGGUGCCUCUGUCACAUCAUAUGACGGAUGGGCAGCCUAUGGAGCUUCAAAGGCUGCGCUGAACCAUUUCUCUCAAAGCCUUGAUUCUGAGGAGUCAGAUAUCAGCUCAAUCUCCAUUGCACCUGGAGUGGUAGAUACCCAAAUGCAAGAGGACAUUAGAAAUGUGUUUGGUAAGAACAUGAAGCCGGAGGCAUACAAACGAUUCACAGAUUUGAAGGAGGAAAACAAACUGCAUCCACCGGAAGUGCCAGCAGCCGUGUAUGCCAACCUUGCUCUCAAAGGCAUUCCUACGGAUCUGAGUGGGAAAUAUCUGAGAUUCACAGACCCACUAUUGGAACAGUACCAAACCUAG